UGUGUAUAUAUAGGUUUAUUACGGUGCACUAAAAGAUAUCCAUAAACAAAAACAAAACGAAACAAAAAAAAGAUGGGAGAAGUCGUCCCUAUUAACCAACACAAUGAAUGGAGUUGGGAAGAAAACAUGCAAUUUGAAGAAUGUCUUGCAUCGGAUCACUUUAACACCAUCGAAGACGAGUCAACUCGGUGGCAAGCUAUUUCCGACCACCUCGGAGGGAGGAAAACACCGAAAGAGGUCGAAAUUCAGUACCAGAAACUUGUUUGUGACAUCGAAAAUAUUGAAAACGGUGAAUUUGACCACCAAUUCACGGACUUAAACAACUCAGUCGAUAGUUACAUUGUCCCAACACCUCCGACGAUCACUCAAUGGAGUGAUGAUGAACACAAGAUGUUUUUGGUUGGGUUGGAAAUAUAUGAUAAGGGUGAUUGGAAAAGCAUUUCAAGGAAUAUGGUGAAAACAAGAAAUCCAACGCAGGUGGCUAGCCAUGCCCAGAAAUACUAUAUUCGUAAGGGUACAGAGAAUAAGGGAAAGAGAGGUAGCAUCCAUGACACUUCUAAAGUUACUGAUGAGCUCGUGAAUGAACUCAUACAGAAAGGGCUAAUUACUCCUGAUAUAUUGAAUGAUCUUAAUAAAGCUCGUACUAAUCGACUCCAUAAACAAUAUGAAUACACGUCUACUUCUCUAAACCAACUUCAAGUUCCGGUGGCAGGGGUACCUGAAGUACCUCAUCAACUUCAAACCCGAGUGCAUGAGCAACUUCAAGCCCGGGUGGAAGAGCCCGAGCAAAUUCAAGCCCCAGUGACAGUACCUGAAGUAUUUGAGCAGUUUCAAGGCCCGGAGAUAGGACCUGAAGUAUUUUAUGAUGCUACUCUAAACCAAUUUCAAACUACAAUGACAGUACCUAAAGUAUACUACUACGAUGAACAAGUGAACAACAUUAAUGUUACUUACAAUGAACUUCAAACUUUGAUGGCGCCUGAAGUAGUAUAUCAUGAACAAGUGAAUCAAUACAGUCCUUAGAACCAGUUUCAGUACCCUUCUCAGAACAUUCAUCGGGCGGGGCAACAGAUUUCAAGGACAAAUUUAAAUCCAGAGAGAGAUUAGCGAUUCUACAUACUUCGUAUCAAAUUAUUUCUAAGUAAAUGUUUCUGUCAAUCUGUUUUUAGUUUUCUUGCAAAACAAGUAGGCAAUGUUUUUAGUUCUUAAUUUCUACUCAUUUGUGUCGUAGAUAUUAUCUUAUCAGAAAUGAAUGUAUAGACAAAGUUGUAGAACAAAAAUUAGUUAAAACGACAAAUAUCGUGCUAAAUUUACAGGUGAGUUAUAGAAUCUCACCAUGAGUAAUAUGAUCGUGUUACAAGUUUUACGACGCAAAUAUUUUCACGCCUUUCUGGACGGCUUUUGUUUUAUCGAAGAUAUUAAAUUUGUUAGGGAAACAUAUAUCAA